AUGCCAGUUAGCCCAGCUAGGUUGAUUGAUGCUGAGGUGAGGGCAUCUCUGGCUCAGAUGGCACAGGCCAUUACGAUGCAGGCUCAGGCUAUGACUGCCCAAAUGAGGAAAGCCAAGGUUGAAGAGUUCAUCAACCUUAAACAAGGCUCUAUGACGGUCAGGGAGUAUUCCCUGAACUUUGUUAAUCUAUCAAGGUAUGCAACUUACCUGGUUUCGAACAACAUCGAUGAAAUGAGCUGGUUCGUCACAGGAAAAAAUAGAAACCUGGAGGAUGAGUAUCGGUUUGCGAUGCUCCAUGAUAAUAUGGACCUUUCAAGGUUUAUGGUGCAUGUCCAACAGGUAGAGGACAACCGCAAAAAUAGAGGUUUUCAUGAUAUUAGGAGGCCUACGCAUCAAGAUCAGGCAGGUCCCAGCCAUGGAGGCCACAGAAACAAUUUUGGCGUCCGUGAGAAGCCCAGUUUCAAGAAGGGGUAA